CCCUCAAUCAAUUUAAAGGGAUUGAACAUCAUGGCGGCCUCCUUUGAAAAGAUUUGUUCAGUGGUUGCUAACGAUCUGGUACUGGUUUCCAAGUACAGAUCUAAGCGUACUGGACUAACUGUGUGUCUUGCACAAGUAGAAGGACCUUUAGUAAAUGGUUACUUUGUUCUGGCAACUGAAGCGCAUGAUGAUGAUGGCUUGCCUCACACGUUGGAGCAUCUUAUCUUUUUGGGAAGUGAAAAGUAUCCCUUUAAAGGUGUUUUGGAUAUGCUGGCCAAUCGGUGUCUUGCACAAGGUACAAACGCAUGGACUGAUACUGACCAUACUUGCUAUACAGUGAUGACCGCUGGGUCUGAGGGGUUCUUGAAUCUGAUGCCUAUUUACCUUGACCAUGUAUUGUAUCCAACUUUAACGGAUGCCGGGUAUGUGACCGAAGUUCACCACAUCAACGGUGAAGGAGAAGACGCUGGCGUGGUCUAUUGCGAGAUGCAGGCUCGCGAGAACUCGGGUGAAAGUAGAUGUCAUUUGGAGCUACUGAGGGCAAUGUAUCCUGGAGUGUGUGGUUACAAGUCUGAGACUGGUGGUAUUAUGGCAAAUCUUCGAGACAGCACCAGUAAUUUGAAAGUGCGAAAUUAUCAUCGGGAUUUCUAUCGAGCAGACAAUCUUUGUUUGAUUAUCACCGGGCAGGUGGAACAAGAACAAGUGUUUGAAAAACUGAAAGAAUUUGAAGAUAAGAUCAUUGGAAAGGGGGAGCUGCCACCGCUUACUCGACCGUGGCAGUCACCAGUACCACCACUCCUAGAAUCAGUGGUGCAAACCAUUCCAUACCCAUCUGAUGAUGAAACCAAUGGCAUGGUAUAUAUUGGCUGGAGAGGACCUAAAUCCCAGGACCUGUAUGAGAUGUCGGCUUUAAAUGUUAUCCUUGAAUACCUGACGGACACUGCUGUUUCACCUUUGCAAAGGGAGUUUGUUGAGAUAAAAGAUCCAUACUGUAGCAAGGUACGCAAGUCUAUAAUAGAGAAUAGCGAAGCCUGUUUCUACAUUAAGUUUGACAAUACACCAGUUGGAAAGCUUGACCAAAUAAGAGAAAAGUUGCUGUCUGUUAUUGGAGACAUUGUGUCUGGAAAAGAGUCUAUAGACAUGAGCAGGAUGACGAGCGUUAUUCACCGUGAAAUCUUGGACUCGCUUAACAGCAUGGAAGAGCGCCCUCAUGAUACAUUUGCUUUUAUAUGUAUUGGAGAUUUUUUGUAUGGCAAUACUCCAGAAGAGUUAAACAAACGUCUUAAUCAAAUUGGAGAUUUUAAGAAACUUGGCAAGGAGCCUGCAGAGUACUGGGUCAACCUUCUUCGAAAAUAUGUGACUGAGGCAAAAUCAGUGACUAUAGUUGGCAAGCCAAGUAAAGAAUUGGCAGACAGUAUGGCGAGCAAGGAGAAGGAACGGGUCAAAAAACAAAGCGAAAAGCUAGGAGAAGAUGGCUUGAAGAAAAUGGCCGACAUUCUAGAGAAGGCUACUGCAGAAAAUGAGACUGAACCUUCCGAGGGGAUGCUUAGCUGUCUCCCAGUUCCCGAUCCUGCAUCUGUCCACUUUCAUCCUGUGGAAUGCAAAAGUAAUUUAAAUGGAUUUAUUUCAAUGGAGGGUGCUCUCUUUGAUAUAACUAAGCUUCCAUUUACUUUCCAAUUGGAUGAUCUGCACACUAACUUUGUAGAGAUGCGAGUUCUACUUGAUACAGCAUCCCUUCCUGUGCACUUAAAACCCUACUUGUCACUGUACUUAGACUGCAUUGACGAAUCGGCUAUCAUGAGAAAUGGAGUGCUGGUCUCACAUGAGAAAGUGGUAACGGAGCUCGCAGCAGACACUCUCAACUUUGGUUCGUCCAUUGGAUUACAUGGGUCCAGGUUCUACUGUGGACAGUUCACGCAGUUGGCAAUCCUCAACAUUAAGGUUGAGAAUGAGAAGUACUGUAAAGGUGUCCAGUGGCUCCAUGAUUUGAUGUACAACAUCUUCUUUGAAUCAGAGAGAGUGAAGAUCAUCGCAACAAAAAUGAUCAACGACGUUGCAAAAAUGAAACGAAAAGGACGUACUAUUGCUUUUGCAGUGGUGCGGGAUAUAAACUUUAAUGAAGAGAGCAACCAUCACACAUCUAAUAUGAUACGGCAACAUAAGUUCCUGAGUGAAUUAGUAGCUAAACUUGAUACCGAACCUGAUCAGGUGUUGAAGAACUUAAUCGAGUUGCGUGAGAUUUUAACUUUGCCAUCAAAUAUACGUGUACACAUGGCGACUGACCUGAAGAAACUUGCUGCAAUUACCUCUCCCACUGCACCAUGGGAAUCCUUCCUGCCUAGUAACUUGAGCAGUGCUCAAAAACACACCCAGGUGCAGCAGUUGACUAAUCAAAUUAUCCGUCCACCAUCUGAAGGAGCUCCAACCGGAGUAAUAGUUGGAGUUGGAUCUGUUGAGUCUGCCUUUUUUAUCCAGACUAUUCCGUCCAUUUCGUCUUACACAGAUCCUGAUCUUCCGGCUUUGAUGGUUUACAUGGAAUACCUCUGUGCUCUUGAGGGCCCAAUGUGGCGGCAGAUCAGAGGACUGGGCCUAGCAUACCACUAUCGCAUGUAUGUACAACCAGAGCAAGGCCUUCUCUUCUUCCAACUCUUCAAGUGUACACAUGUUGUCAAUGCUUAUAAGCAGGCUAAAGAAAUUGUGGAUGGAUAUUUGAGUGGUGAUACUGUUUUUGAAGAUGUGCAGUUUGAGGCAGCGGUUAGUAGCGUCCUCUACGAAGUGAUUGAACGGGAGGAGACCGUGGCAUCUACAUCCGAAGAAUCUCUCGUGAGUUACCUCAGACGAACUAACAAAGACUACAACAGAAAUUUGUUGAAGGAGAUUGCAAAGGUUAAGAAAUCAGAUCUUCAACGCAUCGGGGACAAGUACAUCAAACCACUGUUUGACAACAGCAUGUCUAGAUGUGCCGUGUGUUGCCAGACAAGCAAAGUCGAUGAGAUAAAGGACGCAUUUCAAGGAUUGUCUCGAAGUUUGACUGUUAUGCCAUCUUUGGAAGAAGGCUUCCCAAACUAACCAGCUAUUACGAAAAUUGAAAACAUCAGGAAAUUUAGUAUCAUGGAAAGAUAAUUUAGAAAUAUCUUAAUUUUGCAACGUCUGUCUCGAACAUUUAUAGUUUUUGUAACUUUGUUUGAUAUGUAUUGAGUGUAUCUGUAUUAGCUGAUGUACUAGACACAAGACUAAGUCCUCUAUGUUCAGAUCCAAACACUGGGUAACUCUGCUGUGUUGUCAACUGGCCAUGUUUUACUUUACUGUUUCUUUCUGAACAUUAUCUACAUCAUUUUCAAAUGCUUUAGAGUGGUUGUCAAAAUAUGGUUUGGGAGAGAAUUCCAACUGUCCAUGCAAAGGUAAAUCUUCCUCAAGGCCAGAUGAGAAUUCUGUUGUAAUUUUGAGAAUCACUGCAAAUUUGUUUUCUAUAUCAUUGAUUUGAAGAUAAUGUCUAUAAAGACUAGUUUCAAAAAAAUUGCUACACGCAAUCACCAACAGCUAUUAAUGACACCGAUUAGUCGGUCGAAAUUAGGGAGCCUUCCUGAUUGCAUCAGGGACAGCUACACAGUGUAAAGAUUGCAAUGAGAACACUCUGUAGCGAUUUUAUUGAAUCCAGGCUUAGUGUUAAUUUCUCAGCCCUUCUCGACGCACAACCACACUGAACACCGAGUCUGUUGUAGAAUACAGCAUAGGUAUUAUAUUUAUUUAUGUUUAGAUAAGAAGCUUGAUAUGCAAACAGAUACAAAUGAAAUUAUUAAUAACCAGAAUUAUAUGAAUAAUUACCAACUAUUACAUUUAAGUAUCAUGCUGGAAAUUUGAGGCUGUCAAACUCUGUCCACUGUUAUUUGCCCAUUUAUGUGUAUAUGACAUCAUUUUGCCCAUAUAUGGAUGUGGUAUAACAUCAUGAUCAUAUAUGGUUGUGAUAAGACAUCAUCUUGCUCAUAUAUGCGCAGUUCACACAAAUCUGUCAAAAAAACUUUAUAGUGUGGAUGGAGUUUAAUCAAACAACAUUCGAUCUGGCUUUGUCUCAUAAAGUACAGAUUUGUCCCACUUCCAAUAUCCAUGAGAGAUACUCGUUUCAUCGGAUAUAUCUGAAACAAGUAUGUACCAAACUGUAUAUUGUAAUGCUCUAUCCAGACUAUCAUAUAUUCUUUGACAAAAAACUGCUGUAUGCCCAUAUAUAGUCACAAUGUGCCUAUAUAUGGUCAUGAUGUGAUGUCAUCAUGACAAAAUUUGAUAGUCUGGGCAAGUCUUUAAAUCAGUCAGUAUCUGUUUAGUCUGACAAAAUUUUGAAAGUAUAUGUCUAGCUUUAUUGUUAGUAGGUGUCUAAAAACGUUUUACAGAUUUUUGAGACUAAAUUAUGUAGGUAAAAAAUUGCUGCAAGAGAUCUAUUGAUAAAUUUGAUCACAUAUUAAUCUAGUGGUGUUUGUAUAUUUUCAGUUAAUUUUUCUUUUGAUAUCACAAAAAAAGUUACAAUUAGAAAAUAAAAUAUGUAGUGUCUAUCCUAAAAAGAAGA